UGAAUUUUCCCAGCCUCGAUUAUUGCAGAGGUUGGGAAAUCUGCAAAAAGUUUCUUUUCUUCUCCCCCCCGCCCCCUUUCAUAGUUUCUGCAGGUUUCAAGUGGAGGAUAAAAGUAUCCCUGACAGAACUCCACGGGUUCCAAGAUCAGGAACAGAAGAAAAGCCAAAACGGUCAUUUCUCUGCUAAGGAGAGCACGAGCAGAGGUGGGCUUGAGCUGCUGCUCAGCCAUUCCUUAGCCUGGGAAAUAAAAUGGCAGAUGAGCAAAGAAUUGUGGGAGGACAGGCCACCCUGGAUCAGGAGGAAGAUCGAGGAGAGAAAAUGGAUGAAGAGGACCACAAGCAGAUGCAGUGUUUAGAGAGAGAGAGAAAAGUGCCUCCUCGAGCCAUUCAUUCUGGAAGGAAAUUACAGAAACGGGGGGCAGCUCUGCAUGUUAAAGAGGAGCCAGAGGAAGAAGUGUGCCCAAGCAAGGAACCCCUGGAGUCCACAAAGGGGAAACAGGCCUCCUGGAGCAACCCACAGUCGAUGGAGCCCACCACGCCGUGGGAGGAUAUCAAGGCCUUUCUGGCCCAUUUUGAGGGAGCCGAUGAGGCCAGCCAGUGGGUAACUCGCUUGGUCCCUGUCCUUGGGGAUGCCGAGGAGGCCCUUCACAGCCUUGACAUCAGGGAGAGCUUUGGGAAAAUGAAAGCAGCCAUCUUGCGAGGAGAGGCCAGCUGUCGGGAGUGGCAACGCCAGCGCUUCCGGCACUUCUGCUACGAGGAGGCUGAGGGCCCCCGAGAAACGUGUGCCCAGCUCCGGGAAUUUUGCUACCAGUGGCUGAAGCCAGAGAGGCGGACCAAAGAGCAGAUCCUGGAGCUGGUGAUCCUGGAGCAGUUCCUGACUGUCCUGCCGCCGGAAAUGCAGCGCUGGGUCCGGGAAGGCGGACCAGAGACUUGCGCCCAGGCAGUGGCCCUGGCCGAGGAGUUCCUGCUGCUGCAGCAGCAGGAAGAUGAGGGGCAGGAAGAGCAGAACCCACAGCCGUUUGAGGAAGGAGUGGCAAGACACCUGAAGGGCAAGCAGAGGGAUUCCAGACAUAUUCUGCUUAACAGAGGGCCCAAGGAAGACAGUUUCAGUGAAAACACAACCUUGCAUGGUGAUGAUAAAGGAUUGACUGAAAAUGGUGAGAUUUUUUCACAGGGAAAUCCAAAGCAAGUGGAAUUGUGUGGAGUGGUUCUCGGGAAAGCAAAAAACAUUUCCCAGCAUCAGAAUCCAGGUCAAGCCACAGAGAAAUGGCACGGUGCAAAAAGGAAGCCAGGAAACAACCCAAUAAAAAAGACAACCCUGCCUGUUUCAGAAGGAGGCAGAGGAGAACCCAACGAUGCCCCAGCCAGGUCCACAUUUGAGAGUUCGGAAAUCUACGAUGUGACCGAUUUUGACGAGGGCUCGGAUUUCUUAAUCGAUGCUGAGGGUAAACCUCACAAGCACUCGGACUCUACAGAAAUGGCCAGUAAAAGACCUGACCUUGUUCGGCACCAGAAGAAGAAGCAGAGAAGUUGCCUGAAUUGUGGAAAAAACUUCCCUCACAACUUGAACGUGGAUGGAGGAGACCAGAACCAUCUGGGGGAGGAGCCGUAUGAAUGCUCUGAUUGUGGGGAAAACCCUGCUGAGGGUUUGGGCCUUAUCAAGCGUGAAAAACCGCACCUGGAAGAGAAACUUUAUGCCUGUGUAACUUGUGGGGAGAGCUUCCGCUUGUAUUCGAGCCUUAUGAAACAUGAGAGAACCCACACUGGGGAGGAGGUGUGUACGCCCUUUGAGUGUGAGAAAAUAUCACAUCAGAGCAGCAACCCCCCAACCUCUGAGCACACAGUGGAGAAGCCAUAUAAAUGCCCCACCUGUGGCAAGAGUUUUAGUAAAAGCUCAGGCCUUCGGUUUCACAAGAGAAUCCACACAGGGGAGAGGCCAUACAAAUGCACAGAUUGUGGGAAAAGCUUCAGCCAGAGAUCCAACCUCAUCCUGCAUGAGAGGACCCACACAGGAGUGAAGCCUUUCCGGUGCUCUGACUGUGGGAAAAGCUUUCUUCGCAGCUCGGACCUUGUGAGGCAUGAAAUCACCCACACCGGUGAGAAACCAUACACCUGUUCCGAAUGUGGGAGGUCCUUCGGACACAACUCCACCCUUAUUGCGCACGAGAGGACCCACACGGGUGAGAAACCAUACAAGUGUUCCAUCUGUGGGCGAAGCUUCCGGCACCACUCAGGUCUUAUUAAGCAUGAGCGGACCCACACGGGCGAGAGGCCUUAUCCAUGUCCAGCCUGCGGGAAGGGCUUCAGUCAGAGCUCGGGGCUAACAUUACACAUGAGGACUCACACGGGAGAGAAACCUUACCAGUGCUUGGCUUGUGGGAAGAGUUAUAGUCAGAGGUCAAAGCUUACGAAACAUGAGAGGACCCACUUGGGAAUGAGUCUUAGCAUGAAAAUAUACAAUUGCUCAGACUGCGGAAAAAGCUUUUCCCGGAGUUCAAACCUUAUUAGUCACCAGCGGACCCAUGCAGGUGAGAAACCAUACAGGUGCUCAGAAUGUGGGAAAGGAUUCACCCGUAGCUCGAACCUUAUAAACCACCAACGGACCCACACAGGAGAAAAACCGUACAAGUGCUUAGAUUGUGGAGAGAGCUUUUCACGUAGCUCACAACUUAUCAGCCAUCGGCGAAUCCACACAGGAGAGAAACCCUAUCAGUGCCCUGAGUGUCGGAAAUCCUUCAGUUUGCGUUCACUCCUGAUUCGGCAUCAGAAAAUCCACACAGGCGAAAAACCAUAUCAGUGCGCCAAAUGUGGGAAAAGAUUCAUCGAGAGCUCUGAACUCAUUACUCACGAGCGGACCCACACAGGUGAAAAGCCAUACAAGUGCAAUGUUUGUGGGAUAAGCUUCUGUCAGAGUUCCAAUCUCCUGGCACACACCCGGACCCACACCGGAGAGAAACCCUACCGGUGCGCUAGCUGCGGGAAGAGUUUCAGCCGGAGCUCAAAUCUCAUUGUGCAUGAGAGGACACACACGGGAGAGAAACCCUAUGAGUGCUCAUUCUGUGGGAAGGGUUUCAGCCAAAACUCGCGCCUCAUCAGCCACAAAAGGAUCCAUGCCCGAGAAAGUCUGUGUGAACCCUUGCAAAAGGUUUUGCCUCAUGGCAUACAGGAACUUGACUUGCAAAGCAAGCCCACAAACCAAGUUGUGUAACUCUUUUGAUAAUUGAAAAAAACUGCUUCAAAAGUUCAAUUUCCCCCCUUAUUUAUAUCACAUUCCUAGUGGUGGAACAGAAUGAUAUAGCCCAAUCUCAUCAGAUCUUGGAAGUUAAUACGGGUCAAAAAUUGGGUGGGAGACCACCGAGGAAGACGGGGGUUGCUCUACAGAGGAACGCAUGUUGCAACUUGACAACAUAUGCAUACAUAUAUCCCAUUAUUAUGUAGGCAUUCCUGUCCAUAUCAUCGAGGCUUUAGCAUCAGAUGCCCCUAGACCUUUUGCUUAGUCAAAGAUCUCCAAAUUUGACACCAUCACUACAGAAGGCUUUUUAAAAAAAGUUCUUAAAGCUCAGUUUCCUACAGCUUCAUGUUUCUAUCCUCAUCUUAAUUCAGAUAAGUUUAUCUGUACCUACUCCUGACACAAAUGUCACAAGGCCUGCGGCUUCAGAAUAGAAGCCCAGCGUUGCCUGCAGAAGGUCCCCAGUUCAGUCCUCUUAGCUCCAAUGAAAAGAUCCGUCUUUGCUGAGAUCUUGCAGAUCCAGUCCAAGUAGACAAUAUGGAGCUUGGUGGACUGGGG